AUGAAAUUCGAUGGUUCUUCGUCUCAAUCCGGAAACAAGGACCGCAAAGCAGAUGAUUCGGAUUCUGCGGCAUCUGUGGGAUCGCUUGAAGCUAUCGACGUAGUCGAUGAAGAUCUGAAUCGCAACGAGGAUACCCGCGCUGCUGGGUUCUUUGGCAAAAGCUCGGAAGUUUCAUGGAUGCAGCGUUUGGAGGGCGAAGUGGAAAAUACUCGCAUUGACCAUGGGCUUGUAGGAAUUGAGACGCCCGACUUGACCUCUCAGCCUGAGUUGCAAGACCCACGCCCAAAGGGCUCUGCGCCGCCACGUGAGCGGCAAGAUAUUGAAAUCCCUCUUGCCAGCAUGAACUAUCAUCUGGAUGAUCUGGAAAUUCCUGUCAUAAACGACUCCAACCCAUUCGUGAUCCCGCCGCGUGAGACCGCGGAUGAAUAUUUUAAUGCGUAUAUGACUUAUGUACAUCCUACAUUUAGUGUCAUUCGGAAAACGGCCUUCACCGCUCAAUAUCUGCAAUUCUUUGAAAGAUGGGCGAAGCCGCCCCAGAAGUGGCUAGGCAUUCUGAACAUGAUAUUCGCUCUUGGCUCUCACUAUUACAACUUAGCUAACCCCCUGAGCAGCCGGAGUCGCGAAGACGGGCUGGUCUUUUUGACGCGGGCUCGCCAACUUUGUCUUACCGACAAUGUCCUUUUCGAACACGCCGAUUUACAACAGAUUCAAUUGGAGUUUCUGGUGGCACUUUAUCUGCUUUGUUUGGGACAGGUCAAUAGGUAA